AUGGACAGCCCCAGCAAUGCCACCAUGCCCUGUGGUUUUCUCCUUCAAGGCUUCUCUGAGUUCCCACGUCUGAGGCCCGUGCUCUUCCUCCUGCUUCUGGCUGUGCACCUGGCCACGCUGAGUGGGAACCUGCUCAUCCUGGUGGCGGUGGCCACGGUGCCCAGCCGGCCGCCCAUGCUGCUCUUCCUGUGCCAGCUGUCAGCCAUCGAGCUCUGCUACACACUGGUGGUGGUGCCCCGCUCCCUGGCUGACCUGACCAUGCUGGGCCACGGCAGGGGCAGCCCCAUCUCCUUCCUGGGCUGUGCCCUUCAGAUGCAGAUGUUCGUGGCUCUGGGCGGGGCCGAGUGCUUUCUGCUGGCUGCCAUGGCCUAUGACCGCUACGUGGCCAUCUGCCACCCUCUGCGCUACACGGCUGUGGUGACUCCGGAACUGUGCGUGCGACUGGCCCUGGUCUGCUGCCUCGGGGGCCUGGCGGUGUCCGUGGGGCUCACGGUGGCCGUCUUCCACCUGCCCUUCUGCGGCUCCCGCCUGCUGGUGCACUUCUUCUGCGACAUCACGGGCCGGCGCAAGGCCGCCUCCACCUGCGCCUCGCACCUGGCCGUCACCUUCCUGCACUAUGGCUGCGCCACCUUCAUGUACGUGCGGCCCAAGGCCAGCUACUCCCCGCGACUGGACCGCACGCUGGCACUGGUCUACACCAACGUCACGCCGCUGCUCUACCCGCUCAUCUACAGCCUGCGCAACCGCGAGAUCACCACCGCCAUCCGCAGGGUGCUGGGGCGCCGGUGGCGGGGCCGAGCACCGGGCCCAGGGCUGUGGGAGCCCUGA